AUGGCACCAAACUUCGGCGAACUUUCAGAACAAGCAGCUCUCGGUAGAAAGCUCAGUGGGGAAUUUCUAGGAGAGAAAUUUUUUCACAAUGUGCUCACUGACAUGAAGGACGAUAUUUUCACAAAAACGAGCAUGGAAUACAUUUGGGAGACAUGUUUCGCAGCCUAUGCAAGGCCAGGCUUGGAAUGGAAGGAGCGGUCACUCAUGAAUAUCGCUAUGUUAAUUGCCUUGGGUCGGGGGCCUGAACUUCGCAUCCAUAUCCGUGCUGCUGUGAACAAUGGGUUUUCCGAGGAGAAAAUUUGCGAAGCUAUCCGCCAUGCAAUGAUCUACUGUGGUGUUCCAGCUGGGCGAGACGCCAUGCUGAUCGCCAGCGAAGUUAUGGGUGAAUUAAAGGCAUUAGGAGAGUAUCCAAAGAAAGUAUGA